AACCCAUUCCAAUGGCUUUCACUUCUUCUCUCACUUCCCAUUUUCUCUCUCUCCCAAACAAAAACCCAUCCCUAACCCCUUUUCAAUCUCAACCCUUCUUUUUCCCUACACUCCACCCAAAACCACUCUUAUCAUCACCUACUUCAAUCUCAACCGUUGCUUCAGCGUCAUCAUCGAAAAACCCUUCCAGUAACAAUAACCCUAAACAAUCUAGACAAGAUGAAGUUGUUGAGGUUGAAGUAGAAGAGGAACUUCCGUGGAUUCAAGAAAAAGCUCUCGACCUCGUUGAGUUCACCGGUUCUGUUACCCAAGCGAUUCCCGGUCCGAGAGUGGGUCCCACUUCGUUGCCGUGGAUUUUCGCCGUUCCUCUUGGUUAUGCUGGUCUCACUUUCGUUAUCGCGUUUGUUAAAACCGUUAGGAAAUUCAGUUCUCCCAAAGCACAACGCAGGAAAUUGGUUGGUAAAAAUGCGUUGUUGUGUAAGUCUGUUGAUGAUUUGUUACAAAGAGGACGAGAUGAAGUUAAGGUUGAUGAUCUCAAAGGAAUCGAAAAUAAGACAGGUUUUGUCUUGGAAGAAAUUUUGCGCAAAUACAUCCGAUAUGCUCUGAACGAGAAACCAUUCAACCCUGAUGUUGUAGCUGAUUUAAUUCAAUUAAGGAGAGCUUCUGCAUUAAAGGACUCACAAGUUGCUGAGAUUCUAAAUGAAAUUUCACGAAGAAUUGUUAGAGACAAAGCUAAAGCUAAGAUACUAGAAGACAGGUAUGGGAAGAAGGCUAUGGUUCCAGAGUUAAAGAAGAAGGAUAUGGAAAAUAAUGAAUCCAAGGCGGGGACACAUGUUGGACCAUCUGUGACUAGGAAGAAGUUUAACAAAGAUGAAGUUUUUGAAGAAGAGACCUGCUCAAACGCAUGA